UCCUGCUCGUGUUAGUAGCUAACUCCAUGAAUGAGAAUGUUUAAUCUACAUGCAACGGGACUUUCAGCGACCUCACUGUAACCUCUGACUGAUCUUGGACACCCUUGGGCCUCCAUGGAGGCAAAACUGACAAGGCAUUAGACCACCUGCCCUGAGGAGUCAAGGAGAGAAGGAAGGACGGAAAAAGGAAGGAAGGAGACAGAUCGUUGUCUUUUGUUGCCCUCAGCUUCCUACUGUAUACAGAUGUAUGCUGAGAAAGUUCUCAAGGAGGGGAAGAUGGGGAACAGGGGAAUCUCUCUGACCUGUGUGUUGACCCCCUGCCGUGUCAUUGGGGUGUGUGUGACACUGAUGACCCUGGCAGCCAUGGGAGCAGCCGUCUGGGCCGUAGUUACAUAUUGCACAAUGGAGGAAGACACAGGACUGUAUGAUGUCCAGGUUAAUUCUGCUGACCAACGUAUUAGAGUGUUUGACUCCGCUGAGAGGAGGUGGCGUCAGGUGUGUUCAUCGUCAGCCAAUGAGCUGCUAGCUAGCAUCAGCUGUGAAGAAGUGGGCUUUGUCAGUGUGGCGAAUUACUCCAUCACAUCAGUGCCAGAGGCCAGUGGAGAUGGUGGGGAGUUCUUCUGUGUCAGACAGCAAGAGCUCAGCUACGGCAAGAAAAUCAAAGACUCAUUGUUCCCAUGUGACUGUGAGAGCCGGGAGGUUCUCACUCUGUUGUGUCAAGACUGUGGCAGGCGCAGUUUUGCAGCAGACCGUAUAGUUGGUGGUGUGGACGCCAGGCAGGGCAGUUGGCCAUGGCAGGUCAGAUUGGAGUACGAUGGAGUUCAUCAGUGUGGAGGAACCAUCAUCUCAAACCGCUGGAUCGUCUCAGCAGCUCACUGCUUCCGAGAGCGGUAUCGCUCCGUUAAUCGCUGGCGUGUGCUGCUGGGCUCCAUCUAUAGUAAACCAGUCAACGCCAACGUGGCAGAGGUGAACACCAUUGUUUACCACAGCAGCUACCUGCCCUUUGUAGAUGCUAGCAUUGAUGACAACAGCAGGGACAUCGCUAUUUUGGCCCUCACCCAUCCCCUUGCUUUCAACGAAUAUAUUCAGCCUAUUUGCCUGCCAGCAUACGGUCAAAGAUUGAUCGACGGACAGAUGGGAACAGUAACGGGCUGGGGAAAUGUAGAUUACUAUGGGAUUCAAGCAGAUAUUCUCCAGGAGGCGAGCGUCCCCAUCAUCAGUGACACUGUCUGUAACGGUCCUGAUUACUAUGACAACCAGAUCACCACCAGUAUGUUCUGUGCUGGUUAUGAGAAAGGUGGCACUGACGCCUGCCAGGGAGACAGCGGCGGUCCUUUUGUUGCAGACGACUGCCUGUCUAAGAGCAGAAGGUAUCGUCUGCUGGGGGUGGUGAGCUGGGGAAUAGGCUGUGCCAUGGCCAAGAAACCUGGCGUCUACACCAGAGUGUCCAGAUUUCUGCCCUGGAUAUCUACAGCAAUGAGGAACUAUAAUAACUCGCCGGGGCUUCACAAAAUGGCCCGAACAUGAGAUUCCUGCCCUCAUGUUUCACUUUUUCUACUCUUGGAUGACAAUAUUAAAAAACCUGGAAGAUGUCAGGGGCAGAUGGAUGUUGGGGGAUGAAAGGCUGUAACGUUCCCCUCAUAUGACGGUUCCAGAUUCUCCUUCUUACCUAAAACUUUUUUCAUUGAGAAUUUAAUGUUUUCCUGAAUCUUACCACAACGUAAACGCCUUAAUAGAUACACAGACAGAGCUCUUUAAGAAACAUAACAAGAGUUAUGGAAGUUUAAUAACUUUGUUAUUAUGAAGUACAAAAGUGAAGUAAAAAUAAAAUCACUUAACUGGAUUUAAGAUACCAGUUUAGUCAAAUGUAAUGAGAUUGUUUUCUUGAAAGCACGCCACAAUGAGUGCAGACUGCACUGUUGAUUUAUAAUAAAGAUCACGCACACACGCACGCACACACACACACACACACACACACACACACACACACACACAGACAGUUAGAGAUCUAAAAUGUCAGUAAUUUAUGAGUAAUGCUCAUGGAUAACUAAAACAUUCCUUAUUGUAUUUUAUUUUGUAAAAUCACAUAAAUCUCAUUUUAUAAUUAAACUCUUACCUGUGUGAUACAUGUUAUGCCUUUUUAUAUUCAUUAGCCUGACUUUUUAAUGAAAAAUAAUCAUUCAUUCAAAGUCUGUCUUUAUCAAAUCCACACAUGAUCUGGUGAAGAUGAUGCUUCUAUUGAAAUCAUUAUUUUGUUAAUGUCUUGUAAAUAUUUGUCAAUGUCUUGUUUAUGUAGAUGUUUAUUUGAGACACACUACAUAUCUUAAAGCCAGGAGUGCAAUAACAACCUAAAUCAUGUUCUCAAAAAUAUUUCUUUUGCUGCACCACAUAUUGAUAAUCACAUUUUAAAUGCUAAUGAUGUAUCAUCAUAUUAACUGGCAGGAGUGUGUAUACUCAACCAUCAAAUCAUAAUAGUAUUGUAUACUAACACUCCCCCUCUGCUCCUACAGUCAUAAUGAACAUAAACCACAAAAAAGUAAUUUUAGCGAUAUGCUAAAUCCUGUUACUUGCUCACUUGUAUGGUUCAGAUUAAAGUGGCACAAAGAGGAUGCUAUACUUCUAUAUAUUUCUUUUUAUGAGACACUGACCUUACAUAUCAAAAGAAGAGUGUUUUUUUUAUUACAUUGAGAAACACUAAAGAAAAGUAAAGACAAAUGGAGAGUAUCCACUCAGUGGACACUAGAUGUAAAAAGGAACUACAAAGUACAUUUUAACCCUUUCUGGCACUGAUUUCUAGCUCUUUACUAAACAGGAUGUGAUGUCAUUUGCAUUCAUAAAGUCCCAAACUACUCACCAUCAGUUCCCAAUUUGAAAUAAAAUUAAUGUUUGUACAUUUAUGACAAUUGUGUGUGCAAGAGAAAUUAAUAUUGUAAAAUGUAAAUUGUAGCAAUGUGUAUUUUAUUGAAAUAAAAAACCCUUGCCGUA